AUGAGCUUAAAAUUCUUCACUUUAGCCAAUGGUAACAAAAUCCCAGCCAUUUCCAUCAUUGGAACAGGUACUCAAUGGUACAACGCUAGUAAAGAUCCAACUAUCAAUGAAGCUUUGGUUAGUCAAUUGAAACAUGCCUUAUCAAUCCCAGGGAUCGUUCAUAUCGAUGCUGCUGAAAAUUAUAGUAGAUAUCCUGAAUUAGCUAAAGCUUUGAAAGAAAGUAACAAACCAAGAGAUCAAAUUUGGAUUACCGAUAAAUAUUCAAAAUUUGCAGAGACACCAAUUGAACAUUUAAACAGUUCUUUGAAGGCAAUUGGUGUUGAUUAUGUUGAUUUAUAUUUGAUCCAUGACCCAUUCUAUGAAAAUAAGAAAUAUGAUAUUGUUCAAGCUUGGAGAUAUGCUGAACAAUUAUACAAAGAAGGUAAAGCUAAAAACAUUGGUGUUUCAAAUUUUGCAGUUGAAGAUUUGAAGAAAAUUUUGGAAGCUGCUGAAAUUAAACCUCAAGUUAAUCAAAUUGAAUACAAUGCCUUCUUACAAAAUCAAACUCCAGGUAUCUAUAAAUUUGCUAAAGAGAAUAAUAUCUUAUUAGAAGCUUAUGCCCCAUUAGGUCCACUAAGUGAAAGAAAAGGUGAAACCGGUGAAUUUUAUGAUUUCUUGGAUGAAUUAACCAAGAAAUAUGGUAAAGAUCAAGGUCAAGUCUUAUUAAGAUGGGUUUAUCAAACAGGUGUUUUACCAGUUACAACUUCUUCUAAACCCGAAAGAAUUACUGGAUCUUCACAAAUUUGGGAUUUUGAAUUAACUGAUGAUGAAGUUUUUAAAAUUUCAAAGUUAGGUGCUCAACAUAAACCACUACGUCAAUAUUGGGUCCCACAAUAUGAGAAAUAUGAUAAAUGA